AUGGCAACGGCAAAGCCCAACUUCGGUGUCUACACGCCACUAGUGACGUUCUUUGAGGAGGACGAGUCCCUUGAUCUCCAAAGCACUUUGGCUCAUGCAAAGCGCAUGGCCGAAGGUGGGGUUGCUGGGCUUGUCCUCCAGGGAAGCAAUGGAGAGGCUCCUCACUUAGACCAUAGCGAGCGCAAGUCUCUGGUGCGCGCUGUCCGCGACCACCUUGAUCAGCUGGGUUAUGCAGGAUUGCAGUUGAUUGUCGGUUGCGGAGCACCUAGUGUGCGCGAAACACUAUCCUAUAUCUCAGAUGCCAAGGCUUCCGGUGCCAAUUUCGCCCUCGUGUUGCCACCAGCAUACUGGGUUGCAGCCAUGAAUGCAUCCGUUAUUGAAAAGUUCUUCCACGAUGUUGCAUCUGAAUCCGAGCUUCCCAUCCUCAUCUAUAACUUCCCUGGCGUGACAGGAGGCAUCGACAUCAGUUCCGAUUCCAUCAUUCGCCUAGCCCAGUCCAAUCCAAAUAUUGUCGGGUGCAAGCUCACCUGCGGCAACGUUGGAAAACUCCAGCGUGUUUCAUCGGCACUUUCAGGAACAUCAUUUGCUACUUUUGGCGGAAAGUCGGACUUUUUCCUUCCUGCGCUCGUCGCUGGGUCGAACGGCAUUAUUGCCGCACUCGCCAACAUUGUACCCAAGCUGCAUGUGAAGGUAUUGCAAUACUAUGAAAAGGGUGAGCUUCCGGCAGCACAGGAGCUUCAAUCUAAGCUCAGUCAUGCCGACUGGGCCCUCACCAAGGUAGGCAUUGCGGGUGUCAAAGCUAUCGUAUCCCAUCAUUUCGGAUACGGCACAGGCCGGGGACGCAGACCGCUGGGGAACACAACGAUCACGACCUUGAGUCAAGAAAUUGUGGCUCCAAUAAAUGAGGUGGUGAAUUUGGAGAAACUGUUGGGAUGA